UUCAACUGAUGAGAAAGUCGCUAUUAAGUACUUUUCUUUCUGGAACACUACUACUCUUAUAACUCCAAAUCCGAGCGCCGUCCCUCUCCCGCCCCAAGUAUCUAGCAGAUAAGGCGCUCAUUGUUUUGGCAACACCUCUAUUGCGUUUGACCAUAACUUGUGCUGGAAAAAUCUGGUAGAAUAUGGCACACGCGUGCGUCUCCACGUCUUCGGCAUCAUCGUACUCUCUCUUCUUCUCUCCAAACCCUAGCGCCAGCGCCAAUUCCGAUUCUCAGAAGCUCUCUCUCGCUUUCCAUCCCUUCCGCUCCUGGAAAUCAAAGAAACUAAUUAGUGCUCCUAAGAACUUGCGAAAUUCUUCACCAAAGGCUGUUUACUCUGGCAAGUUUUGGGCACCAGAGAUGAGUUAUCGGCAGGGGAUUUGGUCUAUUAGGGAUGAUUUGCAAAUCCCAUCGUCUCCAUACUUCCCCGCAUAUGCACAAGGUCAAGGCCCACCUGCAAUGGUGCAAGAGCGGUUUCAGAGUGUUAUCAGUCAACUUUUUCAACAUAGAAUAAUUCGCUGUGGUGGAGCUGUUGAUGAUGACAUGGCAAAUGUUAUUGUUGCCCAGCUUCUGUACCUCGACGCUGUUGAUCCUCAAAAGGAUAUUGUUAUGUAUGUUAACUCUCCUGGAGGAUCGGUUACAGCAGGUAUGGCAAUAUUUGACACAAUGAGGCAUAUUCGACCUGAUGUCUCCACUGUCUGUGUUGGAUUAGCAGCUAGCAUGGGAGCUUUCCUACUUAGUGCUGGGGCCAAAGGAAAAAGAUACAGUUUGCCAAACUCGAGGAUAAUGAUCCAUCAGCCUCUUGGUGGUGCACAAGGUGGGCAAACUGACAUAGAUAUUCAGGCAAAUGAAAUGCUGCAUCAUAAAGCAAACCUGAAUGGAUAUCUUUCCUACCAUACUGGUCAAAGUCUUGAGAAGAUCAACCAAGACACGGACCGUGACUUUUUCAUGAGUGCAAAGGAAGCCAAGGAGUAUGGGCUCAUAGAUGGUGUUAUCAUGAAUCCUCUUAAAGCUCUUCAGCCGUUGGGAGCAAGUAACUGAUGGUAAUUAGCUGUUGAUUGUUGCAAUUAUCGACACUGGUAUGUUAUAGAGUUGAACGAGAAUGAUCAUUAUAGCCAUUUUGCGUAUAUUAGACUGCUGAAUAAUGAGUGGUGUAAUACAGAGUCGAACAAAGAUGAUUUUUGCUGUUAGUUUUAGAUGAAUUAAAGGUUUAGAAAAAUUGUUGAUACUUUCUCUUUUUCUCUAUGCACAUCGAUUGUGGCUUUGUUAUCAUAUUAAAGGUUUAGAAAAAUUGUUGA